AUGAAGAAUCUUCUAUCUAAUGCGAUGAUCGCCGCGAUUUCGGUCGGAAUAUCUGUAAGCCAACAGACUUUCUUCCCGAACGAACUUCAGUCUGGCGAUGUUCACGUGGACUUCGCGUCGACUAGUCCGGACGGCCCGCGACUCAACUCAGGCCCGAACGCAACGACAAAUGAUUGGUGGUAUUUUGAUGCAGUCUCUACCUCAUCGAACGAGUCGAUAUCGAUCAUGUUCUUAAUGGCCAGCUCGACGGCAUUCCCUUCCUCCGACACGGGCGGGCCAAUGUCUGUCAUCGUAUCCGGCAGUUUCGCCAACGGCAGCGCAUUCAGCCACACAAUUCCUGCCUCCGAUGGAGCGCUCAUAAUCGAGAGUGAAGACAAGGACGAGAUCAACGGGGCAUGGGGAGGCGCCAAUGCCUCUUUUGGCGGCCGAGGCCUGGACUCGAACGAAACAUCGUUCAAAGUCAUUCUCAACUCUCCCGAAUAUGGAGUCAACGGAAGUUUAUCUUUGCGAUCGACUUUGCCGUCGAGAUACCCUUGUGGAUUGAAUGCGCCCGGCGCCGAGCAACAGGUUCUUCCCGGUGUCGGCUGGUCGAAUCCACAGCCAGACGCUUCCGCAAUUGCUAACUUCAAGCUUGGAGGUGCGACUCUGAAUUUCUCCGGAUCUGGUUAUCAUGACAAGAACUGGGGUUCGGUGCCAUUUACACAAGCAGUGGGAUCUUGGCAUUGGGGACACGCGCGCAUCGGCCCGUACUCCUUAGUUUGGAUCGAUGCGCGUUCCCCCACCGGCGAUACCCACCGAUCGGGGUUUGUAUCGAAGAAUGGGACCGUCCUACUCUCCAGCUGUGCAUCUGAUUCUGUGGGGGUCACCACGUGGGGAGAUGGACUAGCAAACUCGACAUCUGGGCUGUAG